CUCAACACAAACCUCCCCUGGACCGAGAACAGCACAAACUGCUCACUGAGCAACUGCACCUCCAGCAGAACCAGCAGCAGCAGCAACAGCAACGUCUCAGAUCACCUGUACCCUUAUUACCAGCACUCCCUCCCCGUGGCCGCCAGCCUCAUCCUGGUCUACUUGUUCAUCUUCCUGCUGUGCAUGCUGGGUAACUCCCUGGUGUGCCUGAUCGUGCUGAAGAACCGGCGAAUGAGGACGGUCACCAACCUCUUCAUCCUGAACCUGGCCGUCAGCGACCUGCUGGUGGGGAUCUUCUGCAUCCCGACCACCCUGGUGGACAACCUCAUCACAGGCUGGCCAUUUUCCAACGUAGUGUGCAAGAUGAGUGGUCUGGUGCAGGGGAUGUCUGUAUCAGCGUCUGUGUUUACCCUUGUGGCCAUCGCAGUCGACAGGUUCUGCUGCAUUGUGUAUCCCUUCCAACCUAAGCUGACCCUGCUCGUUGCCAAGGCAACCAUAGGCAUGAUAUGGGUGCUGGCCAUCGUGAUAAUCAGCCCCUCGGCCGUCAUGCUGACCGUGGAGCGGAUGGAGGACCACUACAUGGUCUACGACCCCCCCCACCACCACAACCACCACCACAACCACACGUACCCCAUGUACCGCUGCUUUGAGGACUGGUCUGACCCGGAGAUGCACAAGGUCUACACCAUGGUGCUGUUCGCCCACAUCUACCUGGUGCCUCUGAGCCUCAUCACGCUGAUGUACGGCCGCAUCGGGGUGAAGCUCUACACCACCACCGUGGUGCUGGCCUGCAGGGGUGCGGCUGGCGCUGUGGGUGCGAGUGGAGGAGGAGAAGGUGUGGGCACGGAGGUAGGGACUCAAGACGGCCCACCACCACCUGGCAAUGCUCCCGGGGGCGCACAGACACAGGAGUCCCACAGGCCGCUGGUGUCCCACAAGAAGAUCAAGGUGAUCAAGAUGCUGAGCACGGUGGCGCUACUCUUCAUGCUGUCAUGGCUGCCGCUGUGGACGCUGCUGCUGCUGACCGACUACGGCGACCUUGACAAGGACAAGCUGGAGCUGCUGACAAGCUACUUCUUCCCUUUCGCCCACUGGCUGGCCUUCUCCAACUCCAGUGUCAACCCCAUCAUCUACGGCUACUACAACGAGAACUUCAAGCGGGGCUUCCAGGCCAUCUGCCGCACCUACUCCUGCUGCUGCCCCUUCUGGCGUGGAGGCCUCAAGCUCCGGGACAGCAGAGACCACAGGGCCCCGGCCUGUGGUGGUGGUGACAAUAACAACCGGCCCUGUGCCCCAACCGGCCCCAACCCCACCAACACCAUCAACUUCGGGUCCAGGAACCGGGUGCACUCGGGGGGCAAGGAGAUGCAGGCUCCAGUGCACCUGGAGCUGGAGUUGCGGAAGAGGUUGUGGAGUUAUGCCGAGGGUGCAGAAUCACAGACGGCCCAGGGAGACAGCUCGAUGGGCAGUGAGUCGAACAACAGGAAGGGAACGCGGACGGAGAAUGUGGAGAUGAUGAGCCCGGCGGGGCCCAGAGUGAGUCAGGCCUGGGACCAGUAAAGGCUGACAGGACCAGCAACG